GAGAGCGGAUAUAGUGAAUGCAGGGUCCGGGGAGAGCGGAUAUAGUGAAUGCAGGGUCCGGGGAGAGCGGAUAUAGUGAAUGCAGGGUCCGGGGAGAGCGGAUAUAGUGAAUGCGGGGUCCGGGGAGACCAGAUAUAGUGAAUGCAGGGUCCGGGGAAAGCGGAUAUAGUGAAUGCAGGGUCCUGGGAGACCAGAUAUAGUGAAUGCAGGGUCCUGGGAGAUUGGAUAUAGUGAAUGCAGGGUCCUGGGAGACCGGAUAUAGUGAAUGCAGGGUCCUGGGUUUAGACAUUAGUGGAGAAGUGUCCCAAAGUCCUCGUAUAGCCACAACAGGCAAGUGGUUUGGAGGAAGGCCAAGGCACAAAUACAGGGUUCCU